AUGGCUACCCCCACAGUCCCAGCGACCACCCGCGUCAACAUUGCCGACGAGGACAUUCCGGGCCUCCACGAGUCGCUCAAGUACAUUGUCGAGAACUCGACACCCCACGCCAGCGACGCAAAGGACCAGCUUGCGCCGUCCGAGGUUCGUGCCGACGCCGUCCACUCGCACGGUAGCGCCGAGGCCAAGACGUGGGUCAGGCACUUCUUCCCCAGCUCGGCCACUCUUGACCGCCUCUUCGCAUACGAGCACAUGGGCAACUACGUCAUUGACAGGACCAGCGGUGCCAAGAUCUUUGAGACCAUGCCCAUCUACGUGCGCGUUGGCAUGCACCUUCUCUUCGUAUCGGGCAACGACUUUAUGGGUUACAAGAAGGUUGAACGCCUCCUCGAGGAGCAGUCUAUCAAGCAGGGUGCCGUGUACGACCAGACAGGUCCCGGUGUCCUUGCCCACAUUCAGUCGUUUAUCAAGACUUACGACCUUCCCCUCGAGGAACUGCUCGUCCAGGACCUUACCCAAUACCCCGUGGGUACCAUCUGCUUCAUGGCGUUCUCUUCUGACCCGCCAGACCUUCAACUCGUUCUUCGCCCGCAAACUCGUCGCCACUGCACGCCCCAUCACCUCUCCCGGGAGGUUGCGGUCGUCACCAGCCCCGCUGACUGCCGUCUGAGCGUCUUCCCCUCGGUUGAUGCGGCCAAGACCCUCUGGAUCAAGGGCAAGGAGUUCACCCUCCCCCGCCUUCUGCUGGGCGACAACGCCGUGGAGGGCAACCCCAAGUACGACGCCAUCCUCAACGAGGGUGAGGCGAGCAUCGCCGUGUGCCGUCUUGCGCCCCAGGACUACCACCGCUUCCACUCGCCCGUCUCCGGCACCGUUGUGGACAUUACCGAUAUUCCCGGACAGCUCUACACCGUCAACCCCCAGGCCGUCAACGAGGACCUGAACGUCUUCACUCUCAACAAACGCUCGGUCGCCGUCGUCAACGCCAACUUUGGUCCCGGCAAAGAGUCCAUCCCUGUGGCCUUUGUGGCCGUGGGCGCCAUGCUCGUCGGCUCGAUUGGCUGGUCCAAGAAACCCGGAGACACCAUCGCAAAGGGCGAGGAGCUCGGCUGGUUCCAUUUGACAGCGACCCUCCUCGCCACCUCGGAGCAGCAGAUGGAGACACUCGUCCGCGUCGGCAUGGAGAUUGGCCGCGUCGGGCCCUCGUCGCCUGUCGUGGGCAAUGCCGCCCCCUUGCCUACCGUUCCGACUGUAUAG